AUGUUGUGCUGCAAGAUCGUGACACCGGAUAUCUUAACCGGGUAUACGAGUCACAUCAGUUGUUCGAAGCCAUGCAGUGUCCGCUCCUACAUCCUGCACGUUUGGCAUACCAAAACAGCCAAGAUUCGACGUAAGCGCUUCACGACAUCCGGGCACCAUCGCGGCAAAUUUCCCCCGCGAAUAUACCGAGUACCGGCUGUGUUUUCGGUGAGAGGACGCUAUGGCCAACCCGACGUCUUCAUCACGGUCACGUGUAACCCGAACUGGCCGGAGAUUACUGAGGCGUUGCUGCUCCGCCAGAAUCGACCUGAUCUAACGGCGCGUGUGUUUCGGCUAAAGUUGAAAUCCCUGCUGGAGGACCUGUUGGCCGGAGUGCUUCGCCUCGAAAUAGCUCGAAUCCACGUGAUAGAGUAUCAGAAGCGUGAUCUUCCGCAAUCUCAAAGCCUUGUGAUCCUUGCUGAAACCGACAAGCCACGGUCUGUAAGCUGGAAAACGGCUGCUCCUUGCAUGAAAGAUGGUAAGCCACUAAACCCUCACAGCCUGUGGGAAGCAUACGCCGAUCAUCUGUGCGAGGACUACCAUCGGCAACAUCGAGAGCGCUACUCGCUGGACGAUUCUGAACAAAAUCGCCCUUUGCGUGCGGCGGAACACUUCUGGGCUUUGCGGUCGAAUGACCAGUAUGUACGUGGGACGACGACACCGAAGACACUGGAAACGUUUCCCAGUAUGCCAGAGCUCUUACAGCAUGCACAGGGUGCAGAACGCUCUUACAGCAUCACUGGAUUGGAUAGAAUGCUCCGUAACGUAGAAAGGUUGAAUGCCGAACAGCGUGAGGUGUACAACACCUUCACUGAAGCGGUGGAUCGGAGCAGUCAAACAGAGCAGAGCGGAGGACGUGCGGCAGACGAGGAAAGUGGAAGCCUAUACUUCCUGGAUGGACCCGUUGGCACUGGGAAGUCGUUUCUACUCGAGACUAUCCUGGCACACACCCGACCACUCCGGAUUUUUUUUACCGACCGCAUCCUGUCACCACGGAAUGUCGUCGUGACCGCAAUCAACAACAGCGUGUUGGAAGGGCUAAAUGAACCGGAAGAGGUGAAUCUGUCCGUCGAUACGUUGGUGAAUAGCGAGGAACAAGAAACGCUAAUGCUGCCGACCGAAUUUCUUAACGCGCUGAACAUGAGCGGCAUUCCGAUGCAUAGGUUACGGUUGAAGCGGUAUUUGCCGGUACUACUUCUCCGUAAUCUCAACACCGAGCGUAGAUUGUGCAAUGGGACGCAGCUGCAGAUCGUGUCACUUAGACCGCAUUGCCUACAUGCACGGAUUCUGACUGGCAAGCGGCAGGUUCAAGACGUAUCGUUGCCCCGUAUCUUCUGCGACAGCAAUGAUGCGACCUUGCCGUUUCAGAUCCGUCGCAAACAGUUUCCAGUGCAAGUGUGCUUUGCGAUGACCAUCAACAAGGUAUAA